UCAGAUUUAUCCCUAAAAGAUAAAUACAGUUAUUGAGAAUGACGCUUAUUGCUUUCUAUUUUGAAAUUACGUAUUGCUUACAAAGAGCAACCCGUUUUCCGGAAUUAUAUGGUCCUAUCAUGACGAUUCUAUGGUUAAUAAUACAUCAGCAUUAAUGAGCAUGCGCUAGGUCUUUUCAACUCCCCAUCUUGUUCAGAGCAGACGAAAUCAUCGGUGUUCAAAAAUAAAUCAAAAAAUGAGCACUGGAUUGUUGAGAGUGGGAUCUACAAGGAGAUCCAAGACAAAAUCGCCUUAUGCCAGACGCCCUGCACGUGCUUCCGGCCCCUCGGCGCGCCCGGUGCAACCAACACAAGAGUCCUCACAAAUACAGCAUGCGGGAAGUGGUAGCCAAGUGAUUUAUGCUCCUACCUGUGGCCUACAAGACACAUCCGAGGUCAGUCCCGUGAAUGCCACACCGCCAGUGAACAUCACAGGUGACCAGCCUCAGCUGCAACAGACCUUUAGUGUUGCCGCAUCUCAAAAUAUUCCAGAUGUGCAGCCUCUGCUUCAAGACACCUCUAUGACUACAGCAACAAAAAAUGUUGUGUAUCAGCCAGAUUCAAUCUGGAUUGUGGGAUCAUCCCUUAUUAAAAGAGCAGAACAAUUUUCUUUGAGUUCUCCGGAAUUUGGCACAGACCUUUCUUUACCAGGGGUAAAGGUGUUAUGGAAGGGAAUACCAGGGUUGAGUUUUGCCAAAUUCUCUGAGGUCAUUUCUGACCUGUCCUCUACAAAGCCACAUCCGAGGUUUCUUGUUAUCCAUGUAGGUGGUAAUGACAUUGCCAAACUUAAUAACCCAUUACGAAGACAACAAAAAUUUAUGAAAACUGUUAUCAACAAGUUGAGUUUGGUUAUGCCUUUGACAUGCAUUGUCUGGUCACAUAUUUUGCCCAGGGUAUAUUGGCGUCAUUCAAUUUCAAAUGUUGCUGCAGAGAAAUCAAGAUCUAGGAUUAAUAGUUCUAUUGCUAGCUUUGUUUUAAAGUCAGGUGGUGCUUCAAUUAAGUACCCUGACAUCAGUAUUGUUCAAAGUAAACUCUUUCUUAAUGAUGGAGUUCACUUAUCUCCCUUAGGUAAUUAUGUCUUUUUGUCAACAAUGCAGGCUGCUCUUAGGCAAUUUUGCUCUGGUAAUGGUUUUGUUUAUCCAUCAAAGUGAACAGUGCAUAAUUUUGGAAUUGGAACUGUUGUGGCUUUAUGAAGAUGUUAUGAAAUAAUUUGUGUGUAAUUUGUGAAUGGUAUAUUUUACCUGUGGUCAAAAUUCAGCCGCUUUGAUGGCGGUUGGAUUUCAUUAUGCUUGAAAUCCAAUUGGCGCAAUUUUGACAAGUAACCAUUUGCUGAGGGAUACUGUUGUCUCCAGGUCCCCCAGCUCUGAUAUGGUUUGUUUAAUAUUUGUGAAUGCUAUGCUGCCAAAAGCUUACAAGUGGUAAGAUCGGCGCAUAGGGCAUGAACAUGCGAGUGGCAUGUUAACUGUGAAUGUAAUUUGUAAUAAAAAGCCAUGACAGUUCCGCCAAUAUGAGUUGUAUUAUUCUUCCAAAUUCUACAAGGUACAUUUAUGAAGUGUCUUGCAUAAGAAAAAUUCAAAAGCUGAGGUUAUCAACCUUUAAUAAAGUGUUCUUAUUAGUGUUAGGAAUUUCGAAAUAAUCAGAUUUAUCCCUAAAAGAUAAAUACAGUUAUUGAGAAUGACGCUUAUUGCUUUCUAUUUUGAAAUUACGUAUUGCUUACAAAGAGCAACCCGUUUUCCGGAAUUAUAUGGUCCUAUCAUGACGAUUCUAUGGUUAAUAAUACAUCAGCAUUAAUGAGCAUGCGCUAGGUCUUUUCAACUCCCCAUCUUGUUCAGAGCAGACGAAAUCCCCUCCCUUCCCUCCCUUAAAUAUUAUGGUUGGUUUGAGUUUUUAAAUUUAUUAAAUAAAUGUUUUUGGUUCCUUUUCUGCUGUGUGCUUUCUUUCAAUUUCAGAAAUCGUCAUGGCUUAUAUACUGAUGAAGAAUACUGUGGACUUCGCUGUGAAUGUGAUAAUCCUGACUGUUUUGUGUUAGCGCAAUUUUGACAAGUAACCAUUUGCUGAGGGAUACUGUUGUCUCCAGGUCCCCCAGCUCUGAUAUGGUUUGUUUAAUAUUUGUGAAUGCUAUGCUGCCAAAAGCUUACAAGUGGUAAGAUCGGCGCAUAGGGCAUGAACAUGCGAGUGGCAUGUUAACUGUGAAUGUAAUUUGUAAUAAAAAGCCAUGACAGUUCCGCCAA